GUAUCCUGUUUUGGCCAAUAGUAAAACUAUUCUCGAUGAAAAUUAACCUCCAGUGUAAAUGCGAGAGAACAGUUGUUUAUAGGAAAAAAAAUUAUCGGUACAAAAUACUUGUUUAGUAGAAAGAUGUCUUCGAAUUCUGGCCAAAUCGAAAAUUUCAAGUUGGUACGCGCUGAUAUUCAGGACCGAUUCAUAAGCGUUACUUGGUCGAGUGGCUCUAAAAGUCUAUUUCCAUGCGUUUGGCUGAGAGAUAAUUGCCAAUCUCAAGAUUGUUUCCAUCCAUCAACAAAAUCCAGGUUGCUAACUUUGGACAAUAUUGAUACGGAUGAAAUACCUACUAAUGUCAAAAUAAACUGUAACAACGAGUUAGAAAUUGUAUGGAAAAAUAAUCACGUUAGUUUAUAUAAAGCGGAAUGGUUGGAUAAAAGAAGAUUUGAGGAAGACGCCAGAAAGAAACGUCUUACUUGGUUGGGAACUGAUAUGGAAUUAUGGGGAUCGGAAAUGAAAAACAAAGUUCCUGUUCAACAAUUCCAGAAGAUUCUUGACGACGAUAACGAACUUUAUCUUUGGUUAAGACAUCUGGAAAAGUAUGGUUUAGUGUUGAUUAAAGACGCUCCGAGGGAAGUUGGUCAAUUAAAUAAAUUGGGUCAGCGAGUAUUUUUCUUAAGAAAAACUCAUUACGGAGAAACUUUUCAAGUAAAGGUGAAGGCCGAUCCUAAUAAUGCGGCUUAUACAACAGGCAUUUUAAAUCUACAUAUAGAUCAAUGUUAUUAUGAUUACACACCGGGGGUGCAAAUGCUUCAUUGUAUCGAAAAUGAGGCAGAAGGUGGGGAAAGUGAAUUUUGUGAUGGUUUUCACGUUGUUAAUCAGCUAAAGGAAAGAUUCGCUGAAUAUUUUAAUAUCCUUAAAUCAGUAGAUUUAGAUUUUAUGGAUAUUGGAACAGAGAAUAAUCGAAAAUUUCACAAGAUUCAUAGAUGUCCAACAAUAUGCACAAAUCAUAAAGGAGAAAUAUUGAAAAUAAUGUUUAACAAUGCAAUAAGAGACUCUCACAUUGACUGUGAUGCUGAAACUGCCUUAAAGAUUUACGAGUCUCUUAAAGUAUUUCAUAAGCUCCUUAACGACGAACGCAAUAAAAUUUCCUUUAAGUUAAAGCCCGGUGAAAUUGUUUGUUUCCACAAUUUCCGCGUACUUCACGGCAGAAAAGCUUUUAAAAGUAAUAGAAAUCGACAUUUGGAGGGUGCCUACAUCGAUUGGGAUGAAAUACAUGAUAAAAUGAGAGUUCUACGUUCCGAAUUAAAUAAUUAA